AUGACUGGGAGGAGAACCCGAGAGAGGGACAGGAUUGGUGGGAAGGCUUUGACUGGAGAACAGUUUUGGUUAAUGGAGAAGAUGUCUCAUCUGGACAAGGUUUCUUUAUUGGACAACGCGGGAUUCCUUCACUAUGCUCCAAGCGGAUGCAAAAUUCCCAGCUCUUUGUCAAUGGAAGAUACGAGCAGUCAUGGACAUAUUGAAAAGCCAAAGGCGGCCUUAUUCUGGAAGUUCGGAAUCUCAACUUCCAGUCUUGCCAUGCAAGUCCUACUUUUUGCCUCUGGGGUAUUUUCCAGAGCCCUUUUUACCUGCUCCGCGCAAACUUCGCGAAUGUUCGCUGGCCAUGAGUGUGGUUAUAUAGACCGCCAUCUAUCCAGAAAUUACUCCUCCAUGUUCUCACCAAAUCCACCGUCAAGUGCCAAUGCCCAAGCAAAUGAGUCUGUCAACCGCAGUUGGUCUCAGGCUCCAACUCUCACCCCAUCUAAAUUCGACCAGAUUCGACUCGAAGAGCAGCUGUUCUCUCCAGCCUCACACGUUAGUGCUCAGCUUCACCAGAACCGCAUUGAAAAGCUGUUAUUCUCCCCAACUUCGCCCCUCAGUGCUGAAUUUGAACGAAAUCGACUCGAAGAUCACUUCUUUCCCCAAUCUUUGCCAGCCAGUGCUCAACUGCUGCCAGACCAGGUCGCCGAGAGCCCGCUCUCUCCGCCAUCACCUGUGAACGAAGUCAUGCCUCAGGGACGUCGCGGCUUCCACAUCCCCCAACCACUUCCACGACCCUUCUACGCGCUUUACGCUGAAUGCUCACAUCGGCUUGAUGAAAUCACUCGCCAGGAGAAGAGAAUAUUGCGACGAGUAGGACAAGUGACGUCUGAGAUUCAGAUGCGAGAGAGAUGUACCCAGAUUGAACCCGAGAGUCGACAACGUGAGGUUGAGCUCUACAAGGGAUUCCAUGGAAUGCAGCAAAUACCGUUGCACGCAGAAUCUCCAGUCUUCCAGCCGCAAGGAUACCAGAUGCCCUGCACACCGUGGCCCACAGAAAACUGGUCGCAAUGGCAAUCCCGUGAUGGCCAACAAGGAUGCGAAGGAAACAAUAGACUUGCAGCUGCUGGAAAGUAUUUCUUGCAUUCAUCGGAACUUGCAACAAAAAGUUUCCCAAGCGAUAAAAGAUCGCCAGACGACAUAACUACAACCGCUGGUCCAUCGCCGGACCAACGUGGAUCCCGCAGAUGUUCAUUGAUGCAUCGAUCCUCGUCUUUGAACGACACCGCUGAGCAGCUGGAAGUCCUCUCAACCAACACCACUGCCGCUUCUGGGCCCCAAGUCAAGCGGCUUAGUCUUCCCAGCCUCGCCGUUCUCCUGACAUCGGGCAUGAACAUUUCGGAGCUCAUGCCGGAGAAAAAAGACGUGGGCAUUCAUAAACUUUCCAAGAAUAGAAAUCAGGAGCCUGGUUCCUAGGUCAAGAAAGGGCCAGCGGGAAGAGGGAAUUUUGGGUGAAGUACAGGAAGGAAUCGAGUUUG